AUGUCCUCUGCCAAGACACGCCUGCAAAAGUUCAAGCAUGCCUUCAGCUCUCCCAGUGCUUUCCACGAGGCCAUCUUGUUGAAGAGCUCAUCCUCGAUGCUCGUCAAUGAGGACCUCCUGCCUUCCCCUCCUAGCCGCCAGACAUGGAACACAUUAAGCUUCUUUGCCUACUGGUGGAGUGAGUCGUGGAAUGUCUCGACCUGGAGCAUCGGCGCCUCUCUGAUUACUGUCGGCGCGUCUGUAAGGGACGCCCUCCUUGUCGUCUUCUUCGCAAACCUGCUCUCAGCUGCGGUGAUGGUCCUCAACGGUUACGCUUCGUCGCGGUACCACAUCGGCUAUCCUGUCCUUUCUCGGUCGAGCUUCGGUAUCUACGGUCACUACUUCGUUGUCGUUCUUCGGUCGAUUCUAGGAAUCAUAUGGGGUGGAGUACAACUGUACUUUGAGGGACAGUUUAUCAGCAUCUGCUUGCGAUGCAUCUUCCCUUCCUGGGAGAAGAUUCCCAAUGGGAUUCCAGCCGAUCAGUUCAUUACCACACAGACAAUGGUUGGGUUUUUUCUUGCCUUCUUGUGCACCAUUCCAUUCCUUCUGAUCCACACCUCUCGAAUUCAACACCUCUUCACGGUGAAGUCGGUCGUCCUUCCCCUUGCAGGCUUGGGAAUUGUUAUCUGGGCGACAAAGUCCAACGGAGGCGUCGGGUCGACCGCUCUUGAUACCCAAGCUCAGGCAUCCAGAACAUCAACAGCUGUAUUUGCCUGGGGUAUUGUCGCACAGUUCAACGCCGUCAUGGGAUCGAACUCGGCCCUGCUCGUCACGAUUCCAGAUAUUGCUCGAUACUCGAAAACACGCAACGCUCAGAUUUGGGGCCAGUUGAGUGCCUUGCCUCUAGGGCAAACAUUGUGUGCCGCCUUCGGAAUUAUAAGCACGGCGGCGGUGCUCAACAUGUACGGAGAAGCAUACUGGAACCCAUACGACCUUCUCAACGGCAUCCUCAAUCACGGCUACACUUCUUCUGCCCGAGCCGGAGUUUUCUUUGCUUCGGCCAGCUUCGCAUUCGCUACCCUUGGUACAUCGAUUGCGUGCAACUUUAUCCCAUUUGCGGCCGAUGUAACUUGCCUGCUUCCUCGAUAUCUGAACAUUGUUAGAGGUCAGAUUUUGUGUUUGAUUGUGGCGUUUGCGAUCGUUCCCUGGCGCAUAGUCAGCUCUGGCAACGGUUUUCUCAGCUUCCUCAAUGGGUACUCCAUUUUCCAGGGCCCGGUUGUGGCCAUAAUGCUCGUCGACUACUUUGUUUCACGCAAAGGCAAUCUUUCCAUUUCUGACCUUUUCACGACCUCUUCAUCGGGGAUAUAUUACUAUUUCCAUGGACUCAACCUUCGUGCAUUUGCAGCGUUUAUCAUCGGCUUCAUCCUGCCACUACCAGGCUUUAUCGGCACCUUUGGUACAGUUACUGUCUCCACGGCAGCCUCCAAUAUGUACUCCCUUGGCUGGGAACUUAGCUUUGUGAUCGGAGGUUUAGCAUAUCUUGUGCUCGGUCUAGUCUGGCCCGUGCCUGGGGACGGUGCUUCUAAUGGGUUUGAGACCAGUCCGGUUAGUGAUGGGAACAUAGAUGACCUUGCUGUCUUGGAUGCUACUUGCAAUUCCAGCGAAACUAAAGAGGCUGAGCAGGCCAAAUCAGGAGAGGUAUGA